GCAUCGUAUACGUUUCGAGUGGCUUUUCGCGUCUGCUGAGCAGACCUUAAAUAUGCUGUCCACCUAGGCAACUCACUAUGAUUUGAGACACAGCCAUCGUCAACAGUUCAACAUCAUCGCACUGAAGUGAUCCGCUAAGGCAGUGCAUACUGAACUUUCUGCUGCCCAUAGGAAAGUGGGACCAAGAGAACAAAACGGAUAUUCACAAGUCAACCAUCAGUUUCUCUUCGUGUUAUCUCACAAGGACGCAACAGCAGACGGAUUUCUUUCUUUUUCUCGGUAAAUGAAGUCCCACCAAGUGUGGGACGGAGAAGCGACGGCGGCCUUGCUGUAGAAGAAACACUUCAAACUUUUGCGAAGAUAAUUCUCAGUGGCUUCAAGAGACGGACAUUGAUUUUCCCAGCGGCGUGUUUGGAGUCGUGCUGGGUUGGCAGAAAUGGGAACGAGGAUACGUGCCCAUAAACUCACUCUUUUUAUCAUCCCUUUGAUGUUUACUUCGCAUCUGUUUAAUGUAGUUCAGAGCUCUAAAGUGUGGGAUGAGGUGCCCUUUCCAGAGGACUUAGAAGAGGAAAACAAGCGGCCGGGAGGUUAUGUGGAUGAUGAAGAGUACUAUGAUCCUUCAGGAGAUAUCAGUGGAGAAGAGGAUGGAAGCACCCCCGAGCCAAGCACAGUUGAACCAGGCAUGCCUAUAACAAUUUACUAUCGGGCACUGGUGAACUUCACAAACUCCUUCCAGUAUGGGCCGGAACUUGAUGACAUCUACUCUCCUGCUUUUUUAGAGAUAUCAUCUGCUGUCGUCGAUACGCUUGAGUCUGACUACAACAGGAUACCAGGACAGCAGACCGUCAAUGUGGUUCUUAUUAAGAAAAUUGGCAAAGACGUGUUUGUGGAGCUGGAUGUCGGCUCAGAUAAUAACUCUAAUGAAACACAGAUCAGUGAUGUCCUGUUCUCAGUGGUUAAAGAGGGCACCAUUGCCUCGUAUGAUACCUCAGUAAUAGGUUUCCAAUUCAGACGGCUUGGAGAAGCUGAUACUCCUCCUCCUGUGGAGCCCAUCGUUGUGCCAGUGAUUCCCGAUGCCAGAGAAUGCUUGUCUGGCGAGUUCAGAUGUCAGGAUGGGCUGGCGUGUAUCCCUCAGGAAUAUGUGUGUGACCAACGGCCUGACUGUGAUGACUUCAGUGAUGAAAUUAGCUGUGCUGUUGUUCCUGUAAGCCCUACUCCACCUACGCCUCCUAAAACCAGACCCCAACCUGGCCCGGGACCCUGCCGUGCAGACCAGGCCACCUGUCAGAAUGGACAGUGUAUCUCACGGGACUAUGUUUGUGAUGGCGAAACGGACUGCGCUGACGGCAGCGAUGAGUUCAAUUGUGGAACUCCGUCUCCCUGUGAACCCAAUGAGUUUAAGUGUCAGAACGGCCGUUGUGCCCUGAAACUGUGGCGUUGUGAUGGGGAUAAUGACUGUCAAGACAACUCAGAUGAGAUGAACUGCCCCACUAAAGGUCCAGGGGACACAUGUGCCCCGGAGCAGUUUGUGUGUUUGUCUGACCGCACAUGCAUUCCUGCCAGUUACCAGUGUGACGAGGAGCCGGACUGUGCUGACCGCUCUGAUGAAUACGGUUGUGCACCUCCCGUUGUGACCGUCCCGCCAGAAGAGUCCAUCACGGCAUCGCGGGGCGACACUGUGACCUUUACUUGUUCUGCCAUUGGUGUACCUGUUCCCAUCAUAACAUGGCGUCUUAAUUGGGGACACAUACCAGCCAAUAACAGAAUCACAAUGAGAAAUGAGAAUGGGCGAGGAACGCUCACCAUCCACGAUGUGAAGGAAGGUGACCAGGGUGCAUACACCUGCGAGGCCAUCAACGCUAAAGGCCUUGUGUUUGCCAUUCCUGAUGGGGUCCUCAGCCUGUCUCAGAGACCAAACCCAGUUGUGUCAUCCUCUCUGUACGUGUUAGCAGGUAACUGCCGUGAUGGACACUUUAGCGUGGGCGAUCGCUGCAUGCCAUGCUUCUGUUUUGGCAUCACAAAGCAUUGUAAGAGCACCAGUCGCUACCGCAGCCAAAUCACACUGCGCUUCACAGAGGAAGAGGACUUCAAAGGAGUCAAUGUGUCAUUUCCUAGUCGUCCAGGCACCCAACAACCUCUCUCCGCCACUCAGAUGUUGAUCAAUCCAGAGAGUGAGGAGUUCCAGCUAGUGGAUCUGUCUCGCCGUUUCCUCGAUCAAGACUCCUAUUGGACUCUGCCUCGCCAGUUCCUGGGCAACAAGGUUGACUUGUAUGGAGGUUAUCUGAAUUUUAAGGUGAGUUACUCACUGCAGCGAGGUGGAUCGGAACCAAAGGAGAAACCUGAUGUUGUGCUGAGCGGCAACGGGCAGAAAUUUAUUUACCGUAGAGGCAACCCCACUUUACCUGACACAAUCAACAAAAGACAGAUCAGGUUUACAGAGGAAAACUGGCAGCACUCCUCAGGACGAGCCGUAACUCGUGAUGACCUCAUGAUGACCUUGGCCAAUCUGGAGAGCAUCCACAUUCGCACCAUUUAUGACAACCGCAUGGCCAGUGUGGGCCUGAGUGACAUCAGCAUGGAUACCACCACCAAAGAGUUCACCCAGCAGGGGAACCCGAGAGACGUGGAGCAGUGCAGAUGUCCUGCCGGGUAUUCAGGCCUGUCUUGUGAGUCCUGCUCCCCUGGUUUCGAGCGGGUACCUGGACCCUACCUGGGCACCUGUGCUGGCUGCAACUGCAAUGGUCAUGCCAGUGCCUGUGACCCUAUUAGUGGACACUGCCUGAGUUGUCAGCAUAACACAGAAGGACCUCAGUGUGACAAAUGCAAGCCUGGCUACUUUGGUGACCCAAGUCGAGGACGAUAUGAUGACUGCAAACCCUGUCCUUGUCCAUACACAGAGACAUCUCGACGGUUUUCGGAUACUUGCUUCCUGGACCAUGACAACCAGGCAACAUGUGACGCCUGCAGACCUGGUUAUACAGGGCGACGUUGUGAGAAAUGUGCUCCAGGAUAUGUUGGCAACCCUCUUCAGCCCAACGGCCAAUGUAUCCCUGCUGCUAGCCUGAUUACCAAGUGUGAUAACAGAGGAACCAUCAAUCCCAUCAGCAAACCAUGCUAUUGCAAGGCCAAUGUGGUUGGUGCUCUUUGCGAUGAGUGUAAGAAUGGCGCUUUUAAUUUGGCGGCUGAUAAUCCUGAAGGUUGCUUGCAGUGUUUCUGUAUGGGAGUGACUAAACAGUGUGCCAGUUCAACCUGGAAUAGAGAUCAGGUACGAGGUGGUGUCAACGGCCAGCUCUUCACACUUUCCAACGCAGCAAAUACUAUGACCAUCUCUGAGGGCAUCACUCAGAGAGCCAGUGCAGAGGUGGUCUACCGAUCCUUCACCAGCAUCCCUAAUGACAUCUACUACUGGGUCCUGCCUCAGAAUUUUAGAGGAGACAAGGUCACAGCUUAUGGUGGAGAACUGCAGUACAGGAUUCGUUAUGAGACGCAGGCUCAUUCACUAGUGAUUGAUGAACGACCAGAUGUGGUUCUUCAAGGCAACGGCAUCUUCCUGGAACAUUUUUCUCAGACCAAAACACUUCCUAGAGUACCAGCCACCAUCACUGUGCCUUUUAGAGAGUCUGCAUGGAGACGGUCAGAUGGACAGCCGUGUACUAGAGAGCACCUGCUGAUGGCUUUGGCCGAUAUCAGCGUCUUUAUGAUCAGAGCCACUUAUGCAUACAAUAUGGCUGAGAGCAGUAUCUCCAAUAUUCAAAUGGACAUUGCAGUGCCCCACCCUACAGGAACCGAAAGGGCACUGGAGGUGGAGGAGUGUGCCUGCCCUCAAGGAUACACAGGACCUUCUUGCCAGGACUGUGAUGUUGGCUACACCCGUACACCUGGACUUUAUCUUGGCACCUGUGAGAAGUGUGACUGCCACGGGCAUGCCAGCGGCUGUGAGUCAGAGACUGGAGAUUGCCUGAAUUGCCUGCAUAACACAGUUGGGCGCCGUUGUGAAAACUGCCUCCCUGGUUUCUAUGGAAAUCCAAAGACUGGUGAUCCACAGGCAUGUAGACCCUGUCCUUGUCUAGGACACUCCAGUAGCCAGCCUUCAUCUUGUUACUUGGACUCAGAUGGACAGCCCACUUGUGAAUGUCCUGCUGGUUACACUGGAAGACGCUGUGAAAGAUGUGCCCCAGGAUACACUGGCAAUCCCCAACUUGGACAAAGAUGCACUCGAAGCAGCGGUAAUGGUGAUUGUUACCGCUGUGACCAAAGUGGUAGCGAAGGAUGUAGUUCAAAUGGAAUCUGUCGCUGCAAGAUGAAUGUUGAGGGGUCAACAUGUUCCACUUGCAAGCAAGGGACCUUCUACCUCAGUCCUGCUAACAAAGAUGGCUGUCUGUCCUGCUUCUGCAUGGGCGUCACCCAGCAGUGCUCCAGCUCCAGACAUUAUAGAGAUGUGGUUUCCACCGUUUUUACCCCUGGCAACUACCAAGGUUUUGCUCUUGUAAACCGCCAGCGCACCAACCGCAUUGACAGUGGCUUCUCCAUCGAGCUGUCCACAGAUAGAACACAACUCUCCUACACUAACUUUAACGAUCUCGGACAGGAGCCCCACUAUUGGCAGUUACCCAACGCCUAUCAGGGAGACAAGAAGUCUUACUCUGCUCGGACUAGACGAGCACACAAGAGAGACUCAUCAUGGAUAAAGGACCAACUGAGAAAGGACGUCGCUGUAUGGCAGCUAAUGAACGAUAUGGGUAAAGACCUUUUAAGGUCCAAAAGAGCCAUUGAGCACCCUGCUGAUGAAGUACGCAAACUUGAUGAUGAAAUCUGGGCAAUCAUCACUAAUUUCUCCAAUGGGCAGUCUCCCUUCCCUUUCUCUUCAUCCUCUCAAACUUCCCAUUCUUCAUUUGAGGCCCAGAGUUCUCUGUCUCGGUCAAGUGUGCGUGCCCCUUCUUUCCAUUCUGGUUUAACUUCCUCUUUAAGGGCCUCUGAGUCCCUUUCAAACGACCCAAGCCAUUCCUCUCACCCUGACCCAACUCAGCAGGUGCGACAGGGAAAAAACACUGUUGCUCUCCCUAGAGGUCCACGGCCUGGCCCUUCUAACAAGUAUGUUUUGGUCUACAAUGGUUUCAGCUUGCACCCAGAUGACGUGCUCUUCUGGCAGCUCCCGGAGCAGUUCAAAGGGGAUAAGGUUGGCGCAUAUGGUGGAAAGCUGAAAUAUACCAUCUCCUAUGUGCCAGGACCCCGAGGUUCUCCAAUAGAAGAUGCUGAUGUUCAGAUUAUUGGUAAUGACAUCACGCUGGUGGCACGCCAACCAUGGAGAAGAGGGCAUGGAGCCCGAGAGUCACAGGACUUUGAGAUCAUUUUCAGAGAGGAACACUGGCAGCGUCCCGAUGGCAUGCCGGCAACCCGGGAACACCUGAUGAUGGUGCUCGCAGACCUCGAUGACAUCUUGAUCCGUGCCUCGUAUCACACAGAGAUGCGCUCAUCCAGUAUUUCAGGGGUCCGCAUGGAUAUCGCUGUGCCCGAGUACACUGGCCUGGCACAGGCUUUGGAGGUGGAGCAGUGCCAGUGUCCUCCUGGUUACCGUGGUCUGUCCUGCCAGGACUGCGCUUCUGGAUACACUCGCACAGGAGGAGGCUUGUACCUUGGCCACUGUGAGCCAUGUGACUGUAACAGCCACUCGGACUCCUGUCACCCAGAGACUGGCAUCUGCACGAACUGCCAACACAACACCAAGGGUGAGCUGUGUGAACAGUGUGCUGACGGUUUCUUUGGAGAUCCAACUGCUGGAACCCCUGAGGACUGCCAAGCGUGUGCCUGCCCCGGCACUGACCCCGACAACCAAUUCUCUCGUACCUGUGAAAGUCUGGGUAACGGAGGCUACCAGUGCACUGCCUGUCAGCCCGGCUACACCGGCCAGUAUUGUGAACGCUGUGCGUCUGGAUAUGUCGGAAAUCCACAAGCGAGAAUCCCCUGCCGUAGUGUUGCUGCGUCUCUAGUGGUGAAGGUGUAUCCAGAAAGGGUUCAGGUGGUGCAGGGGCUUCCAGUCACUCUCAGGUGCCAGGUGUCUGGAUAUCCACCGCACUAUUUCCACUGGUCCCGUGAGGAUGGACGCCCAAUCUCCAGCACAGCAGAGAGACGCAGACAAGGAGAGGAGUUGCAUUUUCCCAGUGUGCAGCCCAGUGAUGCUGGCAUCUACAUCUGCACCUGCCGAGACCAGCGCAGCUCCAAUAGAAGCAAAGCAGAAAUUGUUGUUACAACCUUACCAUCCAAACCUAUUGAAGUCUUUAUUGAGGAGCCCAAACUACAGAGUGUGGCAGUGGGAUCUACAGUGAGCUUCAUCUGCACAGCCAAAAGCAAGCUGCCAGCGUACACCCUGGUUUGGACCCGCAUACGGAACGGCAAGCUGCCUAACCGGGCCAUGGAUUUCAAUGGAAUUCUGACCAUUCAAAACGUGCAGCCUGAGGACGCAGGCACCUAUGUUUGCACAGGCUCCAAUAUGCUUGGCAUGGAUGAGGGCACAGCCACACUCUAUGUCCCAGAGGCUUCUCAGUCACAGAUGUUUUACACAGCCUAUGAGAUGUUUGAAGGACAUAGAAAGCCUACUGAAGGGGCCCAGCCGGUGGCCACAAUAAAUCCACCUGUGCUGACAGUCCAACAGGGCCAGCGGGCAGAGUUCCGCUGCACAGUGACCGGCAACCCCACCCCUGCUGUGGAAUGGAUAGGUCCUGGGAACCGAAUCAGUUCAAAAGCUGUCAUUCGUAAUGGGCUGCUGACCAUCCCAUCUGUGGAUCGCUCAGAUGAGGGCGAGUACAUCUGCAAGGCUCUGAACACACAUGGCGAGCACACAGCCCGAGGAGUUCUUCAUGUUCAAAGUACAAGUCAACCUCACGGUCUACCUCGUGUACAAGUGAGCCCUCAGCGGGUGGAAAUUCACGAGGGUGAGACUUUGCGGUUGUACUGUAGGGCCGUUGGCAGUCCCACUCCUGGCCUCACAUGGAAGAAGAGAGGUGGUUCACUGCCGCCACAGGCAAUUCCUUCUCACGGUUUCCAUCAGUUUAAAAGCAACAGUCUCGAUGUGUUACAGAGACGUAUUGAGGAGCUACAGGCCCGCAUGGAGCGCACUGACAUCGGCACUCUCCUCGUACCCAAUAUCAGGUCGUCUGAUGCAGGCACCUAUCUCUGUGUUGGAACUAACACUGUAGGUUCCUCAGAAGCUCAUAUUGAGGUCAUUGUAAAAAGAGGAGAAAUCAUCCCCUCUGGAGUCACCAUCCAGCCUUCUAUUGCUUCUGUAAUGGAGGGAGAGACUCUAGAUCUUAAUUGCAUCGUCCCAGGAACCUCUCCAGCAUCUGUCAAAUGGAGCAGGGCAAGCGGCCUGCUGUCAUCCAAUCAUCAGGUUUUGGGAACUCAGCUGCGGAUCCUGCUGGCCUCUGCAGAUGACGCUGGAGAAUAUAUCUGUCAGGUGGAGGACGGACCAUUCCCCCGUCAGGCUUCUGUAUCUGUGUCUGUGAUAUCCAGCUCCUCCCGUCUCCAGAGCCCCAUUAUCUCCAUUGAGCCACACAGCGCAGCAGUGAAGCAGGGCGAGUCAGCGAGCUUCAGGUGCAGGGUCCACAGCGGAGCCCAGCCGGUGCGCUUAGAGUGGAAACCCACCAACAACCUGCCUCUGCCAGAUAACGUGAAGAUUGGUCCUGACAAUUCACUCAUGACUAUUACCAAUGCCCAAGCCAAAAACAAGGGCACCUAUCGCUGUGUGGCCAGCAACCUGUUCGGAAUGACCCACAGCAUAGCUUCACUCAUCGUGAGAGAAUCUCCUAAGGCUGUAGUGACCCCUGCAGGACCGGUGCGAAUCAGGGUUGGUGAUCCCAUUAAUCUCGAAUGCCAGGCCGCUGGAGAGCCAAGACCCUCUGUCAGAUGGCACAGACUAGACAACAACCGCAAAACGAUGCUGAGCAGCCCUGUGCCCGUCGAUUCCAGUGCUAUCAUGCAGAUCUUAGUUGCACGGCCGGAAGACAGUGGCACGUAUGUGUGCACUGCACAGAACAACCAGGGCACAACUGAGACUCGAGUAGAGGUGUUUGUUGAAGGAGGGUCUCAGGUGCCCACUGUCCCCCGUGCCAGCGUACGUGAGCCUAUGAUAGUCUUGGUAGAGGGAUCAACUGCAACACUUCAUUGCGACGCCCAUGGAUUCCCAAAGCCCACCAUCACGUGGUCUAAAGAACGCUCUUCUCUGCCUUGGAGACACAAGAUUGUUGACAACAGCCUGGUGUUACCUAAUGUGGGCCGUCAGGACUCUGGUCAAUAUGUCUGCAAUGCCACCAACCACAUGGGCACCAGUGAAGUUACCAUCAUGCUGGAAGUAGACACCCCACCCUAUGCCACUUCCUUGCCCGAUGACGUGUCCGUGCGAGUGGGUGAGGUAAUCCGCCUGCAGUGCCUGGCCCAUGGCACCCCGCCCAUGCGUUUCGAGUGGACUAAGGUCAAUGGCAGCUUGCCUCCUACUGGUCAGCAGCAAGGAGGAGACCUCCAGAUCAACCUGGCCAAGGAGAGCGAUGCUGGGACAUACAAGUGUGUGGCCAGCAACAAGGUUGGCAAGAGUGAAGCGCUGGCCAGAGUCUCUGUCCGAUCACCCCUGUCAGUGAAAGUGUCCCCACAGGUAGAAGUGAAGGCUCUGGGCAGCGCUGUGGAGUUUACCUGUGCUGCUAAAGGAGGGUCUCACAUUGAGAUUGAAUGGCUGAAGGAGGGGGGAGCUCUUCCACCAAAUCAUCACAUUAAAGACGGAGUGCUCAGAAUUGAGAACCUUGAGCAAAGCAAUGAGGGAAUCUACACCUGCAGAGCUACAAGUCUGUUUGGACAGGCUCAGGACAGUGGCAAACUCACCAUUCAAGCUCUACCCAAAGUGAUGAUCAAUGUGCGCACAUCAGUACAGACGGUGAUGGUGGGCAGCUCGGUGGAGUUUGAGUGCCAUGCGAUCGGUGAUCCUGAGCCCACGGUGCGCUGGAGUAAAGUGGGAGGCUCUCUACCUGUUCAUGUGGAAAUAAAUGGGAACAUCCUGAGGAUUGAUCAUGUGGUCGAAUCAGAUUCAGGACAGUACCGCUGCACAGCCACUAAUAAUGUUGGCUCGGAGUAUAACCAGGUGGUCCUUAAUAUCCAGUCCUUGCCUCAGAUUUCUGCACAGCCUGAAUCAAAGGACGUAACUGUUGGCUCUGAUGCGGUCUUGCCUUGCAUUGCAUCUGGAUACCCAGUCCCGACCAUCACAUGGUCAAAGGUGGAGAAUGAGUUGCCCCCUAAGUGCAGACAGGAUGGCCAUGUCCUGACAGUCCCUGGUGUCACACACACAGAUGCAGGAACGUAUGUGUGUACGGCUGCUAAUAAGCAAGGAAAAGUCGAGGCAUUCACCAGACUCGUAGUUCAUGAGAGAGUGAUGCCCUAUUUUACCCAGGAGCCACUCUCUUACCUCACACUCCACACUAUCAGAAACGCCUACCAUGCAUUCAGCAUCAAAAUUACCUUCAGGCCGGAUAAUGUUGAUGGGCUCAUUUUGUAUUCCGGUAUGAUUCUCUAUAAUGGACAAAAGAAGACCACCGGUGCUGACUUCUUAUCUUUUGGAUUGGUGGGGGGCCGUCCUGAAUUCAGGUUUGAUGUAGGCUCUGGUAUGGCAACCAUUCGUUACCCUACUCCCAUUAAACUGGGCGAGUUUCACACAGUGAAGCUGUAUAGGAAUGAGACUCAGGGCUCUCUUGUUGUGGAUGGAGAAGCUCCUAUAAAUGGAACCUCACAGGGAAAAUUCAAGGGUCUGGAUCUGAAUGAGGAUCUUUUUGUGGGCGGUUAUCCAAACUACAGCAUGCUUGCUAAAACUGCAGGCCUCAAGACAGGGUUUGUCGGCUGUAUCAAGCAGCUGAUUAUCCAAGGUGAAGAGGUCAUUUUCAAGGACGUUGAUAAAAGUUCCACCGGAGUUUCGAAUUGUCCCACUUGCAAGGAUCGCCCAUGUCAGAAUGGUGGCGUAUGUGAGGACUCUUCCGCCAGUCUCUACAAAUGCAGUUGCACAAGAGGAUUCACAGGGAGCAACUGUCAGCAUCACUCUUCCUUGCACUGUCACACAGAGGCCUGUGGACCAGAUGCCACCUGUAUUAACCGACCCAGUGGUUUGGGCUACGAUUGCCGCUGUCACUUGGGCAAGUCUGGAAACAAGUGCAUGGAUGGUACUCUGGUAACCACUCCAUUGUUUGAUGGAGACGAGUCUUAUAUUGCGUAUCCUCCUCUUACUAAUAUUCAUAACGACCUCCGGAUUGAGAUGGAGUUCAAGCCCAUGUUUUCAGAUGGGCUGAUGUUCUUCAGCGGAGGCAAAAAGAUGAAAGUGGAGGACUUUGUGACGUUAUCCAUGGUGGACGGACAUGUCGAGUUCCGAUAUGAACUUGGAACAGGUCAGGCAGUUCUGCGCAGUCAGGAGCCCGUGUCUCUGGGUCAGUGGCAUCGCGUGGUGGCGGAGCGGCUCAAUAAAGACGGCUCCUUGAAGGUGGACCACGCACGAGAAAUCACAAGAUCAUCUCCAGGCAAGGCCCAGGGCCUUAAUAUCCACACACCCAUGUAUCUGGGAGGGGUGCCCAAAAUGGACAUCUUGCCCAAACCUGCCAAUGUCAGCAUGAUGUAUGAAUAAUACAU